CUAAUGAAAUGCGUGAGUCCAAUCCUUUGCUUAAUGGGUCUACCGAUUUUCAAGAUCUAUUAAUGUGCGAUUCCUACAUCGAUGAUAUUAUGACCACGAUUAAUAAUCUUUCUACCGCUCAAUUGUCGACUGUAACUUUACCCGAGUUUGAAACUCAAGUUCAAUCAAUGUUCGUCGACAAUAAUACAAAGAGCUCUUCAUCUUCUCGAUCUGGCGAUUUGUCAUUGAAUGAUUUUCAAUAUCCAGUUCCCUCUGACAUGCCUUCCUUGGAUUCUCAAAAGCCUCUCCCAUAUUUACCAAACUCUAUCACUCUUGAUAAUUUCUAUCCAGAGUCUUUGCAUAAUUCUCUGAAUUCUAGCAAAAACUCUACAAAAGAUAUCCGUUCUCAAGAAACAUUUCUAUUCUCUUCAAACUCUGCUAACAUCAGUUUUUCAGAGCCUCUAUUCUAUUCACCAAUUCCUAGCGAAGUCUCUACUGAAGACAUCAGUUCUCUAGAUAAUCUUUCUCCAUUAACUUAUACUUUCUUUCAAGAUUCAAAUGUUCCUCCAAUUAACUCUGCAUUGGCCGACUUUGGCAGUUAUUCUUCUUCAAUAGAAGAUACAAUUGACACACAUGAUGCUCUAUUAUCUCCAAAUCUUGAUCUCCGAAACAUACAGUCUGAAAAUAGUAAAAAACGCGUUUCCAUUGGAUAUGACUCGAUUUCUUUUGAUGAAUCCUUAAAAAAGAAACGUAAAGGUACAAACGGAACUGUUAGAUUCGUAAAAAAAACAAAUACUUACCUAAAAUCCACAAAAAAGAUCGGCUCUUCUAUCAAACAUGAAACAAAUUCUAAUAUCAAUGCUACAUUUGAUGAAAAAGGUUCUUUGACAUCAAAUACACGUUUAAAAUCUUCUGUGAUUGAUAUGAAUACUGUUAAAGUGACGUUGACUUCUUUGUCUGAUACCACGAAUCGAAGCGUCGAAUCUUUUAAUACUAACCUUAUCAAAGACAAGCUUUCUAACAAAAAUAAUACAGCGUGUGAUGAAAACCCAUUUUCCAAUUCGAAAUUACCAGUACCUUGUCUCAAGUCUUCGACUACAACCUCUCAAUCACAAACAAACUCGAAAAAGCAACCAAAUAAGCCAAAAAAAGUUGCUCACAAUGUAAUUGAACGUCGUUAUCGAAAUAACAUUAAUGAACGAAUCAAUGACUUAAAAAAUGUGGUUCCUGCACUUUGCCACUUAAAAAAUAAAGAUGAUGACGUAAUUGAAGAAGUUGAUGGCAUUCCAGCCGCUACGAAAACAAAUAAAGCUACUAUUUUGAGAAAAGCAACCGAAUAUAUUGUACAUCUAAAAAAGAAUAACUUCGAUCUCAAAUGUGAAAAUGUCAUUUUAAAAAAGAUUAUUGCAGCUACCCCUGGUGGUACUGAUUUAUAUGGUGCUUAUCUCAAAAAUAUUGAAAACGAGAUAGAUACUCCGCCAGAUACACCUAUUUUUGAGAUUGAUCAUUCUUCUGUUCCACAUCAAUCGACUCCUCCUUCUGGAAAUGCUGGUUCAAGAGUAUUGAUGUCUUCGUUCAUGUGCAUGACUUUUCUUACGGAUCUAUUGAAAUACGUCCAAUCGGUUUCACAUCAUCACCAUGAUGAAGGGCGUGUUAUUGCUAAUAACAAUAAUGAAUCUGUAGCUCCAGAUGGAAUUCAUAAUUCACGAGGUGGUAUAGCGAUUGAUAUUUGGUAUUUGGCCAGGAUCAUUUCCUUUCUUAUAUGUUUUACUUAUAUCAUCUGGCCAUCCUUGUUUUCAAUCAAAGUACAACAUACCCAUAAAUCUGUUAUCAUUUCUCGUUUAACUUCCAAGGCUAAAUAUGCAACGGAGCUUUACUCAUCUCUAUCAUCCCUUUCGAAUAUUUCGUCAAUGAACACUUUGGGAUUUGCGGCUGGUCUUUUUAUCGAAUCUUUAAAAUUAUUUUUAAGAAAAUUUUUGAGGUUGAAAAUGUUUUGUGGUUGUGUUAAUGUAGACACUGAUGAAAGGUUGUUAGAGGUUGAAUUAUGGAACAGACUUGGUGAAGCAGAAUUAUGUGGUGGAAACAAAUGUGCAACUCGUCUUUCGAUCUUAUACACAUGCCUUCGAACGAUUAACCUUUUGGAAAGUUAUUAUGCUUGUUAUAGGAAUAAGCGCAUCAGUCCUGCUCGUAUAUAUGCAAAUGCCGCAUUACAAUGUUAUGUUGGUCUUCGUUCAGUUCCCUUUUUACGCCGUAGAGCUGUAUCUCAUUUCUGGAAACAGGCUAUUAAAGAAAAAGGUUGUUUCAGUUCUGAAGAUAAAUGGCUUGAAAUCGCACUUGUUAGCGAUCAAAAUAAUGACAUUUUGGAAAAUGUAGCAAAUAAGCUCAAUGAUCAUGUUUUUCAUUCAUCAAAAAGCGAAAAAACUCUUAAACCUAUAAUUAGCACAACUAUUCCACUUGUUUAUGUUUCCGAAGUUCAAGCUCUUUUCCAUAUCAAGGAAGCCUUUUAUAAUCUUAUUUCUGAACGACAUGACAUGAUUAAGAUUCAAAAGAAAAGCAAAUUUACUUUUUCCGAACUUCACA